UUGCCUGUCGGAGGGUUCGAUGGAGGGUGCCGAAGCCUCUCAGGGGGAGGGAAAAUCCUCGGUUAGUAGCGAGGGACACGUUGCGGAGCCGGCAGUAGUGAGAGCCGUGCGGCCUCAUAGGCCUCGCUAUAAUAAUACCCGCUAAAAUAUUUAUCGUCAAUUGUUUUAUCGUCGGUUUUUAACAAUGCUUGCACUCGGAAGCCGAAAAAUUUACGGAAUUUCGUGCGGAGUGAAUUUCGGGAUUGAUAUGUCCAAAUCUACCGGAUAAGUAGCUAGAACGUAGAUAGAAAAAUCAAAGGGUGAAUUGUCAAGACUUAACGACCAAUCGAAUCUCGUCAAUUACUAAUUAAAUAUUUACUUAAUCUUAUUUCUGUGAUUAUACAUAUAAUUAAUUAAUUAAUUAAUAAUAUUAAAAUAUUAUAAAUAAUAUAAAAGUCUAGUUAAACAACGAAGUGUGUGUAAAUGGCCUAAAAACAAGUGUGUGUAAAAAGUGAUGCGUGUACCUGAUUAAUUUAACAAAGCUUUUGUUCGCAAAACAUCGCGAGAGAAAGAUAAUUAGUGCGGAUCUUGUCGAGUGAUUGUGGAUUAAGCCGAAAAAGCGUUUAGAUUCGCCCGUCAGCAUCCGGUAAUUAAAAGUGAAAUUAAAUUAAAAAGUGCAAUGAAAGACUCUUAAAAAAUGGACUAUUUGUUAAAAUAUUUCAUCAUUUUUACACGAGUGUGUUUCAUAAAAAAGUUCAAGGUGUCCCAGGACCCAAUUUCAAUCACAAUGUUCCGAUCAGAAGUAAGAUCUUGAAGUUCCAAGAGCAGCAAAUAUAACCCAACUCCAAAAUCAAGAUGGAUACUACCAGGCUGAGUGGACCAGGGUCUGGAAGCCCAGCUCCAGACUCAACAAUGCCUAGUUACACAGGCUUGACCGGUGAUGGCAACGUCGACUACAUCAUCAGCGACUACAUGGAGCGAUUAGGAGAGCGGCUGAAUAUCCUGGAAACUGAGCUGAAGUACGCGUGGCGAGCGUUGGACCUGCUCAGCCAGGAGUACAUUAAGAUGUGGGAGCGAUUGGAGAAGCUGGAAGGUCUGUUGUACGAGCAGCAGACGGUGAUCAGCCAGCUGAUUGAAUUCUACGCUGGUGGUAACCAAGGACCUGGAAACGGCGGUGCGCCGAAUGCGAUCGAAGAAGCUCAGCGAGGAUCUGUUGGAGAAUUGGACGCAAUUGCCAAAAGCCUGGGUCCUUCGAUGGGAAUUGAGGACACCAGUGUACUGAGGGAGAAGUUGGCCCAGCAGGAAUUAGCAAGGAUGCAUUCGACUCACGACAGUGGAGCUGUUGCGGCGAUUACGGAAAUGCACCGGACAGUUAGGUUGGAUCCUUUGGAAACGUUGGAAGAAGAAGGAGCGAUGCCUGAUGAAGCUUUCUACCGGAGUCUGAACAACGCUUACAGGGAAGACUUGAUCUGUGGAGAGACUUCAAGGCCUGCUUCUCAGUUAGGGAUGAUUUGGGAAGAAGCGGAGGACGUUGAUGAGUCCAAUGGCAAAAAGGAAGAGGACAAGGUCAAGGGUAAGGAGGAGAAAGCUAAGGAAAAGGCGAAGGAAGAUAAGGAAGAAGUUGUGGAGGAAAAGAAGGAAGAAGAGGCUGAUCCGGAUGAAGGAGAGAUCUUUAGUGCAGCUGAUUACAAGAGCUACCGAGGAAAUACGCCUUGUGUCAGCGAGCAGGAUCUGGCAGAAUUGUCCAAAUUGAGUUCGCUGGACCAGGUUGCGUUGGAGAAGCUUCAUGAAUUGGAUAAGCUGACCAGCAAGCUUCAGAAGGACUCGCAGGAUCUGAUUGAAUUGAAUACUAGGUUGAUGGAGUCUCCAAAGAGAUUCAGCUCGGAAGCAGAGGCUAAGUUAGCAGAGGAAGCUAGUAGCAUAGACGAACAAUUGCGUAAGAUAUACGCUGAGACUGACGUUGACAAUUGGACGUAUUCCAAGAGUCCAGGAUCUACGGGAAGGUCUAUCUCUCGGGUCAGCACUGACUCUGGGCUGGCUACAGACGGUGAUUUUACCGCCAGGUCCAUUUCUCCAAGACUGAGCACCACACCAAAGAGUCACUUAGACUCGUCUGUUCACAGUACAUCGACUUACACGCCACCUAGGUUAGGGUACACGAGCUCGCUUCUAGAAAAGAGCCCGGAACCAGUGAUGCCCUUGCCUAUAGACCCAGGUAACUUCGCAAAAGGUUACGCGGAAAACAAGGAACUGACUGAUCUGAUUGGCGAGAGCUUCGUAGCAGUGACCUGCGCCUCUCCGACUGUUAGCUACAACACUGCUACAGAUAAGAUUCCGUCGCCUACGUUGUCUGCUAGCAGCCAACACAGCAUCCACAGUGUCCAUAGCAUCCACAGCGUCCAGAGUCUUCGAACUCGCCGUGAUGGGUACUUCGGUAGCGCCGCAAGGCUCAACUUUGAGUUUCCCGAGAGUAGAACUCCACCCAGUCCAUCACCAAGCUCGCCGCCUCCACCAGCUCCGAGAGACUCCAGCGACGCUUUUCUGAUGCCAGCUGAAAAACUGACUGAUGACAGACUAAACCGGCCCUUGUCGCCUAAAUCACCUCGCGCAUCACCGAAGCACGUUCCCAAGCCUUCUAACAUUAUGGCAGCUAUCUCAGACUCUGGUCUGUCCUCAAUGAGCAGCUGGAGCGGCGUCGACAAGUCUCCCAGCUCUCCCAAGACUUCGAUGACCAAGAUGCUGACUUCUUACUCGCUGGACCACACCAGGUCGAUAAUCACUGCGAACCAAUUAAGAACCGCUAGUCCAAUUCCUUCGCUUCCAACUUCGACUGCCAUCCAAGAACCCUUGUACGACACGCCUGAAGGCCGCGAUGCUUUCGGCAACGUUACUACCACCGCAAACAGUCUGAUGGCGAAUCACGUUCCCUUGGCUAAAUCUCCAGCUUCCAAAGAUGACUACACCUUCGGAUCAGCUGGGAAUAUCAACGCCAGUCCGAAAAAACGUGGUCGUGCUCAGACACUUCAACAUCAGCAUACCUACGACACGGUUACUCCCGGGACGGAUGUGAUCUACCGACCAGAUCAGCCGGCUAUCUACUCCGUUGCUGGUAAUCGGCAACAUUUCAUCACAGGAGUCUACACUAGCAGCCCCAGUGGCUCCACCCGGUCGUUGGUCCCACGAACUACCAGCGCUGAGCAAUUCUACCGUGGCGCUGACUUGGCUAACUACCAAGAAGCCUACAACGCGAUGCAGUACGCAGAAGCUGCGCUUUCAGGGUAUCCUCAUCGUAAGCCAACUAGAGUGAUGUCCUACGGUGAUAGAGCGAACCAAGAAGCUUACAAAACAGCUUACAGAAACAUGUUUCCUGGUAAUAUUACUGAUGCAUUGUCCUACUAUCCAACUUCCGCAAAUCUUCCACAGACAGAAGCCGACAAUUGGUAUCGUGAGUCUCAGAUUCCUCAUGAUUCAACUUCUUCUAGUAUAAGGUCUAUGACUUCGGAUGGUAGUUAUGCUCAGAAUUACAACGAUCGAAGAUACCCUCAGCCGCCUAGUUAUCAAAGCCAUCAGCAGUACUACCAAAAUUACCACCAACAGCGAGCUCAGUACCAACAGCAGUAUCAGCAGGCCUAUGUCCAGCGGAUGACCAGCUCAGAAAGCAGUGCCUCGGAGAAUUUCCGACAGCGUCCAGCUCAGUAUGUUGUUGACAAGGACAGACAAGUUACCCAACCUCAGCAAGGUUACUACGAUCCUUCCAAUGUAAUUGUGUCUCAGUCGGGAUACAUCAGCAUAUCAGCGGAUAUAAAAGAACGCGAGGAAGUAAAGGUUCCUAAGAAAGUUCGCCGUGGUUCUUCGCUGAAGAACGCGAUGAGCUCGAUGAGCCAUUGGUUACCGGAUUUGCACCUUACCAAGCGUCAUCGAAGCCAAUCUCUUCCGGGAGGAGUCAGGAGGGAAGAUCUUGAUGUUUCUGACUCUGGAAGUCAGCAAGAACCACCUGAGGUUAAGUCUAGAAGAUCACACGCUGCAAGGAAGAAGAAGAAGCAUAAUCUGGUGUCUACAGUCUCGGGGAUUCUUCAGAAGGCCAAACGAAGGAGCCACCACUCUCAAUCGCUGUCUGAUCCAGAGCAGUCGGAAACUGAGUGGAGCAGCGGAAGACAGAGUGGAUUGUCCGAAGAUGAAGAUAGUGUCAUGUCGGAUAUUAACCAAGAUCCUCCUUUCUUUGCUAAAGUUCGAGCCAGCCAGAAGCGGAAAACUCCGUCUACUUUGGCGCAGCAGCAACAGAUCCAGCAACAGAUUCAGCAGCAAACUCCAACACUUCCGUCGCCUCAACAGCAACACCUGGACUAUCUUCAACAGCAGCAGGCUGCUUUGCAACAGCAGAUCCAGCAGCACCAGGAACAGCUCCAGCUUCAGGCAGCUCAGGAUCGCAUGAAGGAAAGAGAUCUAAGGAUCAAACACGAAAAUAGUGAGCAAGAAUUGUCAGACAACCUGACCAACGCCGAAGAUGCUCAUGACGGUUCAGGAAAAAGCACGGGAUCAGGUUCUGGCGGGUCUACGUCAAUGUUCCCGACAGUUGGAGAUAUUAAGCGCUCUACGGGAAGUUCCGACGAAGCUCCCAAUGAAAAGGCACCCAAGUUACCAGUUGCGAUGAUGGGUGGAGCCAGUAUGGAGUUCGCAGUGUCAAGAGCUUUGGGGAAGUAUCGUCAGCGUCAGUCUUCCACAGUAUCAGACGACCAGCUGAUGUCUGAAGACGCUUUCGAUAAGAAAUCAGACGACGGCCAGUUGCAAGAAUCUUCACCUCCUAAAGAAGGUGAAGAAGAAUCCCAGCCUCAAGAAGAAAAUGUUGAAAAAAACGAAAAGACACCGAGUGCGAAGCCUCCGGAGCUGGUGACAAGCCUGUCCGAGGAGGCACCUGUCUCGGAAGGGAGUCCGUCGGCUUCCAGCACUCGGGGCUUUGGAUACGUCACCAACAGGUUCUUGCCUAGACAUCAACAAUCUCUGGAUAUUCCUUGGGGAGGUUCAAGAAGCGGAGAAGGGGAUGAGGACAACAGAAGCACUCACUCCUACCGUAGCACCUCCCGUGUGUCUUCCAGGCGCCAGAGUACUGAAGACUCUAUAGAUUCUGAAGACGAGUGGUACUGCUACGAAUUGAAGAAGCUUGAAGAAUUAGAACGGCAGUCGCAGUUGGAUAUUGAAAUGGGCCAGGUUCUCGUUGAGGAGCCUGAAGAGCAACCUUAUUGUCCUGAUGAAGACGUCAAGCAGCGGAUGUCCUUCGUCCUGAAGGAGCUCAAGCUUAAAGCUGUUCCCAAGGACACUAACAAGAUUGUUGAGGAAACCAACGAGUAUAACACCAAGAAGGACAACAAUUUGAUUAACAAUUUGAGAGGUACUAAGAUCAACGGCGCCAUUCCGUUGAGUCGCCAGCGACCUUUUGAAGACGACGGCAAGCCGAUUCCUAAGAAAAAGAAUGCUGAGAGUAUUGAGACUGUUUUUGCAAGAGUUACUGACUACCACACCUGGGCCCAUGAAGAAGAGGCUCGUCGUGAGGAACGGACAGCUUUGUUACCGAUGGACGAAGGCUCUUCUGGCGAAACAUCAGGACCUGAUAGUCCUGUCCACUCCAUGGACGAAUUGGAAGAAGAACUGGACCUCCGCAAGGAUUUAGAAGAGCAGUCCAGGCGCAGCUCCAGUGGGUCCACAAUGCGUAGGGAAAGCGAGAAGCAGCUCCUUCAUCAAGGUUCUGAUUCCCUAUCCAGGGAAGGAAGCGUCAGUGUUCCACCCAGUGAGGUCUCCGUUAGCAUUCCCGGAGGCUGGGACUCAGAGAGCACUGUCGUUGAAGGAGAACGCGAUGGAGCUGGAAGCGCGGAAACUGCAACGCUAAGCUUGCCCAAGAUCAAGAUCGAUUCUUCGUCCUGCGGAAGUUCUGAUACUACUUUGAAGGAAGGACAAGUCAGUCCUGGACCUCCGGGGUCUAAAUGGAAGCUCCUAAAGGCUUUGAAGGAACGCAAGGCUGAAGAUAAGCUCAAGGAGGAAGAAGACGCCACUGCCAAGGAAACUGCUGUUCCUCCUCCGCCUCCUACUAAUGGCAGUGGCGCGGGUGGAGAAUCUGGUGGCCGAUCUAACGGACAUCCAGGAGAUAAUCCGUUCUACAGCAACAUCGACAGCAUGCCGGACAUUCGACCACGCCGGAAAUCGAUACCAUUGGUCUCGGAGUUGGUCUUGAAGCACGCUUUCGCGCGAAUCCUCGAGAUCGAAAAAGAAAAGCAAACUGGAGAUUGUGUGACAAUGGCAGCGACUAAGAGGAACGCAGCCGGAUUAACUUCUGCAGUACCCAGAGCUACGCUAAACGACGAGGAAUUGAAGAUGCACGUGUACAAGAAAACGCUCCAGGCGAUGAUCUACCCAAUAUCCUCGACGACGCCUCACAACUUCGUAACCUGGACCGCCACCUCGCCGACGUACUGCUACGAGUGCGAGGGAUUGCUCUGGGGAAUUGCUCGUCAGGGUGUACGCUGCAUGGAAUGCGGUGUAAAGUGCCACGAAAAGUGCAAAGAUCUGCUCAAUGCUGACUGCCUGCAGAGUAAGUUAAAAAGGGCCGCGGAGAAAAGUUCCAAGCACGGAGCCGAAGACAAGGCCAACAGCAUCAUAACCGCCAUGAAGGAACGGAUGAAGCAGAGGGAGCUUGAGAAGCCUGAAAUUUUUGAGCUUAUUCGGUCAGUAUUUGGAAUCGACGACAAAGAGCACCAGAAAUAUUUAACCUCAGUGAAGCAAUCAGUGCUGGACGGCACCAGCAAGUGGUCCGCUAAAAUCGCCAUCACAGUUAUCUCCGCGCAAGGACUUAUCGCCAAAGAUAAAAGCGGCACUUCGGAUCCUUAUGUGACUGUUCAAGUUGGAAAAGUUAAGAAACGAACGAGAACGAUAACUCAAGAAUUGAAUCCUACUUGGAACGAGAAAUUUUAUUUCGAGUGCCACAAUUCAUCAGACCGCAUAAAAGUCCGCGUGUGGGACGAAGACAACGACUUGAAAUCAAAACUGCGGCAGAAACUCACCAGAGAGAGCGAUGACUUCCUGGGGCAGACGAUCAUUGAGGUGCGAACCCUCAGCGGUGAAAUGGACGUCUGGUACAACUUGGAAAAGCGAACCGACAAGAGCGCAGUCUCGGGCGCCAUUAGACUCCACAUCAGUGUGGAGAUUAAGGGAGAGGAGAAGGUGGCGCCUUACCACGUCCAAUACACCUGUCUCCACGAGAACUUGUUCCACAGCCUCUGCGAGGGAAAUGACGGCAAUGUGAAGCUACCCCAGGCGAAGGGCGACGACGCCUGGAAGGUCUACUUUGAGCCUCCUGGUGAAGAGCUCGUGGAUGAAUUCGCGAUGCGCUACGGAAUUGAGAGCAUAUAUCAAGCCAUGACGCACUUCCACUGUUUGUCAACCAAGUACCUGUGUUCAGGAGUUCCGGCAGCGAUGUCAGCGCUUCUGGCGAACAUUAACGCUUACUAUGCACACACGACUGCGUCAUCAGCUGUCUCGGCUAGCGACAGAUUCUCCGCUAGCAAUUUCGGGAAAGAAAAAUUCGUGAAACUUCUGGACCAGCUGCACAACACGCUGCGUAUUGAUCUGUCGAUGUUCAGGAACAACUUCCCAGCAUCCAGACCAGAGAAGCUGCAGGACUUGAAGAGCACAGUGGACCUGCUGACGAGCAUAACCUUCUUCCGGAUGAAGGUCCAGGAGCUGACGAGUCCUCCGAGAGCUAGCACAGUGGUGAAAGACUGCGUGAAAGCCUGCUUACGGUCGACGUACCAGUUCCUGUUCGAGCAUUGCUACGAGCUGUACAACAGGGAGUUCCAGGUGGACCCGAACGAAGCUAAGCGGGAUCCUAAUGACCACGGCCCGGUCCUGGACUCCCUGGACUUCUGGCACAAGCUGAUCGCGCUGAUUGUCUCGGUGAUAGAGGAGGACAAGAACAGCUACGGUCCUGUGCUCAAUCAAUUCCCUCAAGAGCUGAACAUCGGUCAGCUGUCCGCCGCUACCAUGUGGUCACUCUUCGCAGUAGACAUGAAGUACGCCCUCGAGGAGCACGAGCAGUACCGACGGUGUAAGUCUUCCGAGUACAUGAACCUCCACUUCAGGGUGAAAUGGCUCCACGCCAACUACGUCAAGGACGUUCCACCGUACAAAGGCGCAGUUCCUGAGUACCCAGCCUGGUUCGAGCCGUUCGUUAUGCAGUGGCUCAACGAAAACGAUGACGUCUCACUUGAAUAUCUCCAUGGUGCCUUUAAUAGAGAUCAAAAGGACGGGUUCAUAAAGAGCAGCGAGCACGCCCUUUUCAGUGUAUCAGUAGUAGACGUAUUUACCCAAUUAACGCAGUGCUUCGACGUCGUUUCCAAACUGGAGUGUCCUGAUCCGGAAAUCUGGAAGAGGUAUAUGAAGAGAUUCGCCAAGACUAUUGUUAAAGUCCUGAUGUCUUACUCGGAUAUCGUAAAACGAGAGUUUCCAGGCCACCUUAAGGAUGAAAGAAUUGCGUGCAUCCUAAUGAACAACAUCCAGCAGCUGCGAGUCCAGCUGGAGAAGAUGUUCGAAUCAAUGGGAGGAGAAAAACUAGAGGAAGACGCAGCAAAUAUCCUAAAAGAACUCCAGCAACAAUUAAACACCGCGCUGGAUGAACUAGCGGUGCUCUUCGCCAGGAGCUUGGAACCGAGAAUAACUGUUUCCGUCCGCGAACUCGGGGACUUGCUUUUGGCGAUAAAAGGCGGCGGGCAGGUUAACCUACAACAAGCUGCGCAGAGAGACGCUGUCGCGAUGGAGGCCGAUGAUGUCCUCAGGCCGCUUAUGGACCUCCUGGAUGGAAGUUUGUCGCUGUAUGCCCAGUCCUGCGAAAAGACAGUGCUUAAGCGGCUGCUCAAGGAACUCUGGAAGAUUGUCAUGAGAAUUCUUGAGAAAACUGUUGUGCUGCCACCUAUGACUGAUAAGAGUAUGAUGUUCAAGAACUUGACCGAUAAUGCUAAAAAUCUAGCAGCGAAUGCCAAAAUUGAAGAUAUGUCGAGAAUAUUCAAGAAUCAUAUGGCUGGAAAGCCAGAUGUGAAGAAUGCACUCAGUGGAGUGAUGGACAUAUCCAAGGAAGUAGAAAAGAACCUUUCGCCGAAACAAUGCGCAGUAUUAGACGUCGCAUUGGACACGAUAAAGCAAUACUUCCACGCGGGAGGUAACGGCCUGAAGAAAAACUUUUUAGAGAAAUCCGCAGAGCUCCAAAGUCUGAGAUACGCCCUCAGUCUGUACACGCAGACGACGGACACUCUCAUCAAGACCUUCGUCACCACUCAGCUCAACCAGAUGCCCCUGAACAACGCAACAACCCUACGUCAACGUCAACGUUCCGUGAGCAGUGAUAAAGGCGACGAUGGUGAUGACGAUGGGAUGGAAGGGUUAGAAGAGCCCCUUCGUCAAAGUAAACCGCCGCCUCUUAGACGGGAAAGUCGACAAGACACACUAGAUGGCGGAGCGGUAGGGGAACUUAGUCUCCAGGUGGACCUGUUCACUCAUCCUGGCACCGGGGAACAGAAGAUAACCGUGAAAGUGUCACAAGCGAACGAUCUGAAGUGGAACCCGCAGUCCUUCAAACCUUACGUGGAGGUUAACUUAAUAGGACCCCAUCUAGCGGAGAAGAAACGGAAAUACGCGACUAAAUCUAAGAGCGGAACGUCGCCGAAGUUUAACGAAACUUUCCAUUUCAUGAUUGGAAACGAUCAACAACUGCUGGACUACCUAGAGCUGCAUGUGUGCGUAAAAGACUACUGUUUUGCGCGACCGGAUAGUCUAGUAGGUGUCGCUGUAAUCCAACUAAAGGACAUCGCCGAGGAAGCGUCACGUCCUUACGUCCUAUCUCUCGGAAAGCGAAUCCAGAUGGACGAAACCGGAUGGACGAUUUUGCGCAUCCUAUCCCAGCGAAACAACGACGAGGUCGCUAAAGAAUUCGUGAAACUAAAGAGCGACAUCCGCCAGGAGAACCAGCAACCUAACCCCACCUGAAUUACCACCUCAAAAUAGAUACCUACAAGUAUAAAACGCGGCUCGGGGCUUUGAAAGAGCUCCUAAGCCAGAAGGUUAUAAAAAAGCUACUGAAGACUAUAUAUAGUCUUCGCAGAACUGAAAAGAUCGCACAAUCAACAAAAUGGCGUCUCAACACACUUAUGGCGAUCACAAAUAAUAAUAAUCGAUUAUAAUAACAUUAAAAAUAACAAAGUUAACCUAAAAGACUACGCAAUAAAUUCGACGGCGAAUUAAAACAAAGUUUUAUCGUUCGGUUAAUUAAUAUAAUUAUUUAUUGAUUUAUUUAAAAAAAAAUAAAUAAUGGAACGGUAUUCGGCUGUAGAUAUAAAUGCGAUAUGGAUUAAUUUUUCUAAUAAAUAACGCAUUUGCGCACGACCAAAUAAGGCGCGUCCGAACGUCAUUCAGACGUGCCAUAGAUAUUAAUAGGCAUUGUUAAAUCUUAACCUAAAAACGUACCGAGUACUGAUCAGAUAUGAUUCCUGAAUUGAAUAAUAAGAAUAAUAAUAAUAAUAACCUUAUACGAUCGAUAUUAAUGAGAAUAGUUUAUAGUUAUUAAUUGUAUCAUUAACUAUAUUAAAUCCAAGACUAAGCGAUUAAGUUUCUACAAUGUAGUUAACGUCUAGAUUUGUCUCGCCAAGCUUAACGAUGCUGAUUAGAACAGCAAAAUGAAUUUUUUUUUUUAUUAUUAUUUUUUUUUUAACUAAAA